AAACAGGAUUGAAAUUACAGGAAUCAAAACACUGAACACAUUCAUAUGGUUCCCAGUUGUCCUGUUGGUUGCAUUUGAAUUAUAUUGUGCUGGAAUUCUAAAGGAUUCAAAGAGGGACAGGUGUUCCAGUGGACAUUAGGAUCAUAUAAAGCAACCUGAAGCUACACACACACCAGUCAGAUAAUAUAAGUGUGGCCUGUCAGCUAAUCAACACUGGAAUUCAAUGCUGCAAACUUUAUAACUGCAAACUGGAAUAUUUCUGAAGACAAUUAAUUAUUUCAUUGGAUUAAAGAUAUCAUAUUUUUCUGAUCACCGACAAGUGAAAUUAUUGAUUAAAACUAAAGCUUUAGAUGAGAAAACAUAAAUAGACCAAUUAAUCAAUAAGUGUGCCGAAUGUUUGACAAAUACAAUUUGUGGAUUCUGACUGAUUAAGGUGAGACAUUCCAUAUAAGUUAAAAGAAUCUUGAUAAGAAAAUAUUGACUUUGCUUAUUAUAACUUAUGAUAAGAUACCAGUGGAAUUUAGCUGAUAAUUCGACAAGUAACUUCUGUUGAAAUGUGUGAAAUAUUAUAAGAAAUAGCAUAUGGCUUAACAUUGGCAUUUUCACUUUUCCUGAGAGAUAUCAGUGACUUUAAAAAGGAAACAUUUUUGUUUGUUUAGUUAUAGGAGAAGUAUUUAAUACACAUGUUAUCAGAACCUGUGUGGUUUUAUUGACAGUAGAGGAGACUACAAAAUUGAAUAGACUAGACUUUUUAAGUCUGUAAGACUAAAAAGAAAAAAAUUAGGAAAAUAGAAGUACAAGGAAUUGUACUGGCGUCAUAAGUUCAUAUGUCAAACCCAUUGACAUCGUUAUUGCACAUGAACUGGUCGAUUUAUUUAUAAACAAACAGAACUAGAACUUGGACUUAUGAAUAAGGAUGGACUUAUCAAAGUAAGGUCAUAAAUGGGAAAGAGGUGAACUUAGGAAUGAUAAAAUCAGGAAGUAAGUCUUGAAAUCUAGGAGAAAAUUCCAUUGAGAUAAAUCCCGUAAAUUUAAGUAGACUUACAUUGUGAAUAAUAACAGAGAUACCAACAUGUUAGCUGUUAAGCCAUCAGUUGUGUUAUACACAAAGAAAUAUAAAGAGAAUUAUCCCGAGCUACAAGAAAGGGCAAAGAAGUCACAUGCCCAAGUUCAAGCUAAGGCUGUACAGGCCAAAACUGAACAGGACAAUAUUAUACGAGAGCGCAAUAACAUCAAGGCCAUACAACAAAAACUUGCAAUGCAGAGGAUAGCAAAAACAUUACAAGAUAGUGUAUCACCAUCUCAAGAACUGAACCAUGUUAAACUGAUACAAGAAAAACUAGCGAAAACUUUAAAUCAAAAUCUGUCAGAUGAACAAAAACAUGCGAAGCUGAUACAGCAAAAGUUGGGUAAAGCAAUACAAGAAGAACUAUCUCACGAAAGGAACCAUGCCAAAUUAAUCCAACAAAGACUUGCCAAGGCAGUACAAGAGAGCCUAUUGAAAGCAAAGAGGGCGAGGACUUCUCCACCAGUAUGUGAAAUGAUCCGUAAAAAGAAAAAAGAGAAGCCCCAAGUUGCUGUAGUUCAAAGACAAGUCCAUGGAAACACUGUAUUUGGAGUAUUCACAAUCUCUGUAAGUAUGAAAAAUAUUUUUGAAAGCGUAUUAUACAGUAAACGUAUUAUUUUAUAUCCUUGACAUAUUGCAAGUAUGCUGAAUGGUGGAGGUUAGCUAAAGGUGAAGAUGAAGCUCUCUUUCAAGAAGCAAAGUGAAAUGAAUUGAAAGGGUAUAUUGCAAGUAUGAAAAAAUGUUAUUGAAAUCAUAUUCCAG